AUGCAGAACGCGUCCGCGUCGCUUUCGCAGCAGCGUCUCGAGUGGCUGACGCGGCUGAGCACGCCGCGUGGGCGGAGCGCUAAGGCGCUGAGCACUGCUGAGUGGGAUGCGGCCGAGGGCCUUGCGCGUGUUCUGCGUGGGAAGGGCAACCUCUCGGCGCUCGGCCUGUUUCGGUCAGGCCAGCAAUGGCUGCGCGUCGAGGAGGUUAUGUGCCUGGUUGACGAGGGAUCGCUGCUGCUACUGCGCGACGGCCAGCCGCUCUCUGUGCACGCGGCGCGUGUGAUGCUGCUUGGCCCGCAGCCGGGCACCGCGUUCGAAGGCGCUGCGGCGGCGAAGCGCGAGCUCAGCAUCAGCACCUUCGCUGCCCUCCACCGCAGCGGCUACGUGUGCCGGCCACCGGCGCCGCUCGCGGACGACGACGCCUAUCGCCGCGCCGGCUCGCCGACACUAUUUGCCGUCUAUGAGCGCCGAGAGGCGCUCUUCUUCGAUGUGGUGUCUGGCUGCGGGUGA